AUGCUAUCGCUUCUGAUCACCCUUGUUUUUCUUUCUUGCUCAGUCACUUCCGUCCAUGUAUCUCAGCAGGGCCUAGUACAAGUGGAAUAUGCCAGAGCUCCGCCAUCUCAAUGGAUACGUUUUCGCCUUGCGGAACCGAGUCACUCUUUUGAUCUCUCGAUUGCAGUCGACAAAAGCCUUCACGUGGAGCAGGUGCUCUACGGCGUCUCGACACCGGGCCAUGAGCUCUACGGCAAGCACUUGACUCGAGAUGAGGCGCAAGCUCUGCUCAAUCCAGAUGGCGAAGCCCGUGAUGCCAUAGUUAGCUGGCUUGUUGAACAUGGAAACGCGGAUCCCGCAGAAAUCACCAGCGACAACCACUGGAUCCGGGUGAAUACGACAGUGAAGGAUGCAAACAAGCUUCUUGAUGCGGACUUUGCAUGGUUUCAGCAUGUGGACAGCGGUAAGGAGGUCUUGAGAACAUUGCAGUACUCACUUCCACUCGACUUGAAGAGCAAGAUCUCAUUGAUAACUCCCACGACGAGGUUCUGCUCACAUCCUAUGAUGCACCAACAACCUGAAGCUUCCGCUCAUGCAGAAGACCAAAUUGCCAGCGAUGAACUCCGAAAACACAAGAGGUCAUUUGCGGGACUGAACCCCACGCUUCUGUAUACAGUGCAGGCGGACACAGCCCCUCCACCACGUCCCCAAUCUGCCCAGGUCGACCCCAUUUGCAACAGAACCAUCACGCCCAACUGCAUUAGGGCUCUGUACAACUUUCCGGCGAAAUUGGCCGUCAGCCCGGCCCGCGGCCUCGGAGUUUACGCUUCUCAGUUUCAGGUUGCCAAAUUCGCCGAUUUCGCGCUCUUCGCCAAGAACAUCGACCCACCUUCCAUGGGUGUGAACUUCUCCUUAAUGAGCAUCAAUGGCGGGACGACGGACCAAAACCAGAACAAGUUCCCAAACUCCGAGUUGAACUUUGACAUCCAGUAUACUGCAUCUUUAUCCAACCCGGUGCCAAACAUCGAACUCUCGGUUGCAGGAGAUGGGCCCAUCAAGCCAGAAGCGGGUAACCAGCCUGGGGACACGACCGAGCCCUGGCUGAUCUGGUUGGACGCUAUGCUCAAAUUGCCCGACGACAAACUCCCGCACACCAUUACAACGAGUUUCGGCGAGAACGAGCAAUCUCUCCCCGACGGUUACGUUCAACAAGUGUGCAACCAGUUUGGCGCUCUCGGCGCCAGGGGUGUCACCAUGCUCGCGGCAUCAGGGGAUUCUGGUCCGGGCAACACCUGCGUCUCAAACGACGGCACCAACAGCACAAGGUUCCAACCCGUGUUCCCAGCGUCAUGCCCGUUUGUCACCGGCGUGGGUGGCGUUCGGGGCGUGGCACCGGAGGUUGCAAGUGCCUUUUCGAGCGGCGGGUUCUCGGAAAAGUUCGCGAGACCAACGUACCAAGACCAGGCCGUAUCUGCGUAUCUGAAGAACACCAUUGGGAACCAAUUCAGCAAUCUGUUCAAUGCUUCAGGCCGAGGGUUCCCAGACGUCAGCGCGCAGAGCUUCAACCUCACAUUCGUCAGCGAAGGCAAGAUGGCCGGGUUCCAGGGGACGAGCGCCGCGGCGCCAAUAUGGACCGGUAUAAUUGGCUCGGUGAACGCGGCGCUGAUUCAAGCAGGAAAGCCGUCGAUGGGAUUCAUCAACCCAUGGCUUUAUGGCGCCGGACUACAGGCUAUCAACGACGUGUCGGCCGGUAAGUCUGUGGGAUGCGAUGGGACUACUGGGUUUGGAACCCAGAAAUUCCCGCCAGAGUUUGGAGCAAAGAUCGUGCCGGACGCGAGCUGGCCGGCUGUCGCGGGCUGGGAUGCGGUUUCGGGACUCGGUACCCCGGAUAUGGGUAAGAUACUGGCAUUACGAAUGGCGAUGUAA